AUGUGGAUUACCACGCUAAAAUUCAGCAAGCAAAAUCAGGAGAAAUACUUCUUGUACAUCUCCGUCACGCAUCAUGUUCUACCAAGGGUGCCUGGGGAGCAAACUCUGGAAAUACUGGGACCUUAUCCGCCACCCUGGAAUACAGCUUACAAUAAACCUCCACCUCGCCAAGGAUCUUGGGGUUCUGCCUCUUUAAAUGCUCCAAAGGGAACCUUACCUUACCAGUCCUCUAAGGGCCCUCCUCCUCGCUUUACUCCUGCCUCCCGCAACCCUGGUAUAGUUUCCGCUCCUUACCCGCCUCCUGCCAGCUUCCAGACGGACUUGAACAGAUUUGGAGGGAACCAAGCGGAUCUUCGGUCUCAGAAGCGGAAUAAAGUUCAGUCGAAUAAGUGCCGCGCGGGGGAAAGCAAAGUGUACAAAGUGGGAGAGAAGUGGACUCCGGAAGGAAGCUGUGGACGCCAUUCCUGCGUCGACGGUGGGAAGAUAUAUCUGUUCUGGGGUAGGUUAUAA